AAGAACUUGUUGAUACUGAAUGGUACGCAAAGGGCUAUAUUUGAAUCGGGCAGAAUUACUGAAUGUCAGUCGCGAAGGGAGGGGGGGUUCUGGUACUGAUGGCAUAAUGGCAGCUGGGAGGAUCUGGAGUACAUGUACAAGGCACAGUUUAUAUCAUGUUCCAGGCCCCAUUCCAGCCGCUUUUGAGGUCGGCGACUGUUGGCAUCCAAGACUCCGAGCCACAUGGCCAGCCUGCUGAGCCGAGCCUUACUGGCUAGGAUCGGAAGGACAAGGUACUCGUCUCCACAACAGAUCGGACAGGCUGUUUGUUGUGCCUUUUUUUUUUCCACGUCUUGGAUUUUGUCUGAGGGAAUUCUGGUGGUGGUACGAGGGUUAAUAUCCCCCGUUUGCUUGGCUUGGCCGGGAUACAACAGUAUGCAAGUACAUGGUAUCAGCGGGUCAUUUUGCGGUGGUUGGAGGUACUGCUACCACAUGCUGUUGGGUGGGAUUCUUGAAAGUAUACGGAGUACGAGUACUAGGAUUAUAUUAAAUUUGGUACAUGGAUAGGGUGAGAAACAUGAACGUGUGAAGAGCAAAAAC